ACAAGCCCACAAAUUUUCUUAUUUCACUUCCUCUGAUGCUCCCACAAUUUUCUCCGGUCCCAAACACUCCCUAUAUCUUCGCAGAAGCUCCCAGCCGGACAAAAAAGGGAAAGGAAAUAGGCCGGCGAUGGCUACAAAAGCCCCGCAUUUCGUCGUCGAUCCCGCAUUGACGACAGCGUUAGCAACGGUAACGAAAGACGUUGACGGCAACGGGUUGAAGAGGAGUCGGAGUAGUGGUUCUUUCAGUGGGAGAAGAUUUUUCUUGUGUUUUAGAUCGGAAGAUAUGGAUGAAAACGAUGCGGUUGGACCGGACCGGUGUUUGAAGGGUGACGAACCGGUGUUCUCGUACGUUGUCCCGUCGGGACGCAAGGAAGGUGCGGUGUGUCGGAGGAUCCCAUCUAGUUUGAGUUUAUCUGAUGAGAAAGGCGGUGAGGUUCGCAGGAAAAAGAAAAGUGGUCACCGGAGAUUUUCGCGGGUUUUCAGAGCAGUUUUUUUUGAGACUUCGCUGGCGAAGAAGAUCAGAAGAAAAGUUGGGCAAAAGGACAAGCGGCAAAAGUCAAAAUCCGAAAACCCCUCGAGCGAAAACUCAACGCGGGACGGAUUUUCCGGCAACGAAAGUAGAAUAACCAACACUGAAGUUUCUUCAUCGUUAGAAGAUUCUUCUGCAAACACCUCAUCCUCGUCUGGGUCGUCUUCAUUUUCAUCAACCUCGAGAUUACCGGACCAAAACAGGGCUCUGCAGAGGCAAGAAACAUCGCAGAAGAAGAGAACUAGCGGGGAAUUUGAUCACAGUAAUCGCUUCUGUCUGGUUCUCGUCAGCCUCCUGGUUCUUAUCCUCUGGGGAAAAGUAUUUGCCAUUCUGUGCACUUCAACGUUGCUUUUUUUGGUGCCGCAGUUGAGUAAAUGCAGUGGAACUGAGUCGAAAGGAAAUCCGGCUGGAUUGUCGCCUCCGCCUCCGCCUCUGAUGGGCGUGGAGGAGCAGAAGAAGAAACAACGAUAACUUCAGAAGAAACCGCAAUUCUCCCAAUCUGCAAUAAUUUCAAUCCAUUGAAAUAGGUAGCUAAAAAUAAUAAAAAUGUUGAAGGAAAUCAAUGAUCACGAAGAAGCCAUUGUUGUAGUGUCAAGGAUUUCGUAAGAUGGUUUAGGGUCUUUCGGGUGCUCUGUUUUUCACCAUGUUUUUUUUUUUUUCUUCCUGAAGUAUACGAUGGCGGGUAUGUUGAUUGAGAUUGAUAACAGUUUCCAUUGAAUAGUAAAAAUUGAAAAUGGUAAGGUUAAAAAUAGAGAAAAAUUUGACAGGGAUGAUCAUUUAUCAUCAUCUUCUUUGCUUUGGUCUGAGUUUUCGAAGUUUCUCAGGCUUUCUAACCCCAUGCAUUUCUGUCAUUCACGGGCUUCUGAUGCCCAUUGAAAAAGGAAUUUUACA